AAUUCGAUGAUUUCAAACUGUCUGGUAACAUACAGUACCUAAAUUUUUUGCAGUCCGAAUUAACACACAGUUUAUGUAACCGACAACCAUACAAACAGUACCCGGAUGUCGCUUCAGCCGUUUUUACACGAAGUCAAUAGCGAGUGCUAACCUUUACCCUUCCCCUGUAUUCAAAACUGAUAAAAUAUUCCACUCCGGGCUCAGUUCAAUCAAACCCGUUGCACUCCAAAAAUGCUGCCCGACGUCAGCCAAAUAAAAACAUUUUUCCAAAACCAAACCGUCUUCCUCACCGGAGGGUCCGGUUUUUUGGGAAAAGUCUUAAUAGAGAAGCUACUUCGAGAAUGCGAAGAAAUCGAAAAAAUAUACGUGUUGAUGCGUACGAAGAAGAACAAAACCCCAGAAGAGCGCUUCGAGGAGCUCUUCAACUACGCUUGCUUUGACCUCCUCAAAAGCACAAACGCCAACUCUUUGAAAAAAGUAUGUCUUAUCAACGGCGACUGCCAGCAACCUCUUCUGGGUUUGAGCGACCAAGACGUCGAUAUCUUGUUGAAGGAGACCACCUGUGUGAUUCACGCUGCGGCGAAUGUUAAGUUCGACCAGUCGCUCAAAGAAGCCACUUAUAACGUUAGAGCGACUAGGGAUUUGUUGGAAUUAGCGAAACGGAUGAAGAAGUUGAAGGUUUUCGUCUUUGUUUCCACUGCCUACUCGAACUGUGUCAACGACCACAUCAAAGAAGACUUCUACGAGCCCCCAAUGAAAACUGAAAAUUUGUUCUCGGUGGUGAAUGCUUUGGAUGACCAGACUUUAGUUGACGUGACCCCACAGUUGUUGAAAAACUGGCCGAACACUUAUAUCUUUGGCAAAAGUAUCUCUGAAGAUGUCGUCAAUGCGGCUAGUGAAGUUGUGCCUGUAACAAUCGUGCGUCCAGCUAUUGUUACUAGUACCUUAUCGGAACCCAUGCCUGGAUGGAUCGAUAACUUCUACGGUGUCAUUGGUAUCGUCGCUGGAGCCGCUCUGGGUGUUAUUAGAACCUUGAAUGCGAAACAUGACGCUCUAGCGCCAUUAGUACCAGUAGAUUAUGUCUCUAAUUGUGUUUUAGCAGCCGCAUGGAAAAGAGGCACUUCCGAUGGUACCACCACCAUAUAUAAUUACGUAGGGGACACACGCACCUGUCAGACUUGGCAGAAGUUUAUGCAAAUAGUGAUACCGAACUGUUGGUCAGCUGCCUCAGAGAAACUCUUGUGGUACUACUGUUUCGACAUCAGAGAAAACAAGACAUGGAACAACAUUUGUGUUUUCUUUAUGCACACAGUGCCGGCUUACGUCGUCGAUUUUAUUCUCAUCUGCUUUGGAAAACCGACAAUAGCCGUUAAAAGUUAUAGAAGGUUGAACAAAAUGCUGGAUUUAAUUUCGUAUUUUUCAACAAGGAGUUGGGUUUUUGAUAAUGAUAAUGUGAUGGGGUUGUGGAAUCAUAUGAACGAGGAAGAUAAGAGGUCGUUCUUUUUCAGUAUGGAGAAAGUUGAUUGGAAUGAAUAUGCGCAUGCUAGUUGUAUGGGUGCGAGACUUCAUUUGUUGAAGGAUACACCUGAUACUAUUCCUAAGGGAGAAAGAAAAAUAAAGAUUAUGUUUGUGCUGCAUUAUACUGUUAUAGCGCUUUUGUGGUAUCUGUUGUACAAAUUUGUGGCACUUAUUUUAGGAUUCUUUUUUUAAGGAAAUGUUAUUUUUUAUAUCUUAGUUCGAAAUUAGAGUUACAUUAUGUGAUUAAGAGUAAUAUGUAGCUAGAUCAAGUGUAAUUAGGCGUCUCUAAACAGAGCAAAGGAGCAAUAAUGAGAUUAUUUUUUAAACCUAUGAUUUGUGACAAAUGGUAUAUGUAUAAUAUUGUCCAAGGGUCGCUUAAAAAUAAAUAUUUUACAAAAAAAUUCAAA